AAAUGGGCAGGACUCCAUAAAACCCCAAUCAGCGGCGCUGAGGGUGUGUCACCGUUUUGGGCUGAAGCUCAGUGGAGAUCUUAUUAUGAAACUCACGAGUUUCUCAUGAGCAGCUCGGCCCGGAGUCUUUUUCCUCGCUGUUCUUGGAGUUGUUCUCCGGCAGGUUUAAAGCAGGGAGGAGGCGCUUCGAGCCGCUGGGGUUUCUAUCAGAUCUGAGGCAAAAGCAGUGAAAGCAGUUCACAGGAGCUCUGCCUGAAGUUCGCCGGACUGCUGGACAAACAAACGACUUCAGCGCGAUGGGGGAUGUGAUCUCAAGCCACCUCGAUGAGGGCAAACGGGAGAUUAUUACAGUGCGGACGGGUGAGGUGAUGGGGGAGUUCGGACGGCUGUACGAGCAGCAGUAUGUCGUGGCUCUCUUUAAUAAAGUUCGUUAUGAUGUGGAGGGAGGAGGCGGGCCUCAACCUCAGCUGCUGCACCGCAAGGUGCCGCUUGAGAACAAGUCUAUCUUCUCAGGCUCACUCUACCAGUACUUGGAGGAAAACAAAAAAUGGCGGAGUCGUUUUCUCUUCGUUCCAGACACCUACAACAUCAGCUACUAUGAAAGCAAUCAGGCUCAUGAUCGAGGUCUCCAACCCAAAGGAACAAUCAACUGUGCUGGUUAUAGAGUGCUGACAUCCAUGGAGAAAUACCUGGAACUUCUUGAAUCCAGCCUCCCAGGUGUGAAAGCUAAAGUGGGCAGCUCUCCCUUCCUGAAAUGUGCGACACAGUUCCCACUCAUUCUGUGGCACCCAUAUGCGCGCCAUCACUACUUCUGCGUGGCCUCAGAGAAGGAGCAGCAGAAGUGGAACGCUGUCUUUCUGGACUGCGUCAGACACGCCAACAAUGGUUUGUCAGAGGAGUGUAAGGUGCAGACUCCAGCCUUUACUGAUGCGGUGCGGCUCUACCGACAGGCUCGUGGUCAGUACGGCACCUGGGACAUGAUGUGUGGGGUUCCUCCUCAGAUCCUGGCUAAUUUGGUGAUGGAGACUCUGCUUCCCGAGCUGAGGGAUCUGAUCAGCCCUCGUCUGAAGGGCAAACUGCAGGAGAAACAGAAAAGCUGGAUACUGAUUUCAGAUGCAGUGUACGGUUUGGUUCAGAGCCAAGCCCAGUCGCAGUAUGAGGCCAUUGUGCAGAGCUGCGAGGCUGGGCGUCCGCCUCUGGAGGCCUCCAUACGCACAGAUAUGGACCAGAUUAUUACCUCCAAGGAGCACGUCACCAGCAAAAUCAAAGCUCUGGUGCUCCCCAAAGCAGAGAAGCUCCUGAAGGUCAGUAUUCAGCCUUACAUCAGCUCCAUCCUGGAGGCCUUGAUGGAGCCCACAAGCCGAGGCUUCUUCGAGGUGCGUGACGUCUUCUUCAGGGAGUUGGUGGACAUGAGCAAGAAUCUUCUGAAUGGUGGCAGCAAGGAGAAACUAGGAGAGCACAUGGAGAAGAUCUCUAUGCUGGCCUUCCACCCGGUGAAGAUGCAGGGAUGCUAUGAGAAGGUUGAGCAGCUGAGUUUGGAGGGCCUGCAGCAACGGUUUGAUGUCACCAGCCCCUCUGUUUUCGUCCAGAGAGCUCAGAUCCUCAUGAGGGAGCAAAUGGAUGAUGCGGUGUACACAUUCGAGCAGCUUCUCCACCAGAGCCUGGAGGGCCAGGAGGAGGAGGACCUCUGUAAAACCAUCCAAAAAUGUCAGGACCGGGUUAUCAAGAAAUUUGACUAUGACAGCAGUACUGUGCGUAAGAAGUUCUUCAGAGAGGCCCUUCUCCAGAUCUUCAUCCCAUAUAUGCUGAAACAGCUCUCUCCAUCCUGCUCUGCAGAACUUCCUCGUUUCCGAGAGCUGAUCUUUGAAGACUUCUCUCGUUUCAUCCUCGUUGAGAACAUCUUUGAGGAGGUGGUGCUUCAGACUGUCAUGAAGGACAUAAUGAUGGCUGUGAAGGAGGCUGCUGUGCAGAGACGACACAACCUGUACAGGGACAGCAUUGUGCUGACCAACAGUGACCCAAACCUGCACCUGCUGGAGGAGAACCCCCCCAUCGACUGGGCCGAAGAGUACGGUGGAGGGCAGACAGAGGUGGACGGUGAGCAGGGGGGUGAAGAAGGACAUGCGAUCACCCAGAAGAGGCGAAGGAUGAAGCAGGUGGUCUCCAUGAUCCAGGAGGAUGGAACAGCAACGGCGCUGCCCGAGUCCUGCCUAGAGGUUCCUGGGGUGGAGGACAUCCCUGAAGAAGAGGGUGAGGUGGAUUCGGACACCAAAUCCUCCUGUGCAUCUGAAAAGGAAGUGCCCAGCGAAGCCAGCACCAAAGAAGAAGUCAGUGUGCCAACAUCUACGGAAAUGCCUCCUGCUUACCCUAAUGGAACUACAAUAAAGGAGGAAAAAACUACAAAGCCCAGCGAACAAGAGGCAGAGCCAACGUCUCCUCAGGAUUCAGAGAGCAAGAUAGCGAGCGCCAUCCAGGAGAUAGAGAAUGCAGUGCAGGAAGAAGAGAGUGAGCAGAAUGGAGAGAGAAAUGAACCAGAAUCAGAAGAAACCUCCUCUCCAGCAGAGCCAGCAGCAACUCUGGUCAACAAGGAGGCGGAGCCUGCGCCUGAAAGCCAGAGAGAGGUUCAGCCAGAGCCAGCACCAAACCAUGAGGAUUGCAAGGUUGCACCCUCGAGCACGGAGCAUCAGUCACCUGCAAAAGCAGAAGAAUCUAUCGCACAACCAACGCAAGAAGAGCAAAGCCAUGAGCCAGUUGACGUGGGGACCGCUUCAGAACCCGCUUCAGAACCCCUCUCAGAACUCCAGCAGAAAACCAACGACUCCAGUUCGCUUCACCACGAUGACAGCGGCUUCCAGUCUCCUGCCAAUGAGGUGGCUGAGGAGGAGGAGCCUCAAGCUGAGGCUGCCGCGGCAACCACGGAAACUGAUGCGGGAAAAGAGAAGCACAAUGACUCUGAAACUGGAGAAGAGGAUGCUGAGAAAGGAGCUGACACAGCAGCUGUGCAAACAUAGAUCGCUAAAUAAAACAUAAUUCAUAAUUCCAUUUUUUAUAGUAAACUUAAGCCCACUGCUCUACAACAGUGAUAGUUUGACAGAGGAGGGUUUUUAUGGUGUUUUUUUGUUUGUUUGUUUGUUUACAUGCAAAAUAUCUCGCACGCUUUGAGUCUUAACAGGUUUUACCUUGUCACAUUUCACUUUUUGCACAUAUUGCAUUGGAUGGCCUCUGUCAUAAGCAUACCUUUGUGCGUAAAGCAGUCAUUCUAUGCCAUAUUCUACUUUACUUCAUAUUUCAGUUGCUGAUUUUUAUAGCUGUGCUUUAUUUCCGAUUGUGUUGAUAUUCUACUGCAAAUUGUUUUCGAAUACAGAAGGGGGUUAGAUUUGACGAUAAGACUGCUUAACACUAUACAGCUGACUCCAUGCUGGCCUUAUCUGGUAUGGUGUGUGCAUUUUUUUUUAAUUUACAUUCUUUAUUAUAAGCCUGUUAUCUUUGCCUUGCUUGACUACAAACUGAAAACACUGAAUUUUAUUUUUUCUAUUCAUUUUUAUAUUUUAUUAUCAUGUCUAGCCCAAUAUUGCAAUUUAUUGUAUAUUACCCUGAUAUUUUCUUUCGAUAGACGUCCAAGUGUAGUGAUGUAUUACUUUUAUUUGAUAUUAAGCUAGAAUCUUUUCAUGUUCCCUAAAUGCUGUGGGAUUGCAGUUGCCUGUAGUCUGUUUAAACACUGCCAACAAAUGCAUCACCUUUUAUGUUGGUUACACUUUACUUGAACCCUGCUGUGUAACGUUGAUAUGACCAAGUUAUAGACAUAUGAUAGAAGAUGUGGUCAUGAAUUGUCAUUAUAGAAUGUGUCCAGGAAUCUAACAGUAUCAUGUUACCAUUACUGGUAAUAGUCAUGAAAUGUCAUGAUGUUUAUUACAACUGACACAGCAAAAAUGAGCAUGUGGUUUAAGGAUUAUGGCAUCUGUCAUGACAAUUACUGUUAACAGUAACAAAACACUGUUAUAGUACUGAACAAAAUCUGUCCGGACAACAUAUGACCCCUGCCACGACAUGUUUAUGGCAUGGUUAUGUCAAUGUUAUGUAGCAGGGUUGAAGUAAAGUCUUACCUUUUAGGUCUUUCAUGGUUGAACCCACUUUCUUUAGAAGAAUGAAUGAUUGCAGACGUUUUCGCUGACUACACUAUAUCUGUAUGUUCUUUUUCCUUAAAGAUUAUGCAUGAUUUAUUUUAAUUAUGUGAUGCUAUGAUUACAGUGAAAAAUAUUAGGUGACUCGCCUGCUCUUUGCAGUCAGAACCAUGUAAUUACUGAAGAUGAUGUAGUGGCUGGACAGUAGGUAGACUGUUAGUCUUGGAGGCCAGAUGUUAACGUAAGUGGGGGCUUUGAGUUUGGCAGGAGAGUUUCUUUGGGGUGUGCAGACCGUAAUAGUGGGCGAACGUGCAAGUGUUUUCAGGGGGUUUUGCUGUAUUUCAAAUUGAAAUGACAAUCAGUCAAGAUUAUUGAUGUGCAGAUGUGUAGUCUCAGUAAUAUUUGACCCAGUCAGCGCGCUAGAACACUUUCCACCACAUUUUUAGCAUCAUUUUUAUUUUAUGUGAAAUGACUUAAGUCUGUCUGUGUAUGCGAUUUAAAUUGUUUUUUUUAUUUAUUAUCUAAUGCACUUCAUUGCCUUUCGAGGUUUUAUGUUGCAUUUAAAAUUAUUGGUAAUAAAUCUAUUAGAUAUAACA